GGGUGAUGAGCACAAGGCGAGUGGUGGUGGAAGCGCCCGCGGGGGCCAGCUCCAGCAUGCCGCUCCAGAGGCACAAGGCACCCUUCAGGGGAGCACCGUCACCGUCCUCCCUGGAUAGCCUCCCAGCCUCCAGGACCAUUGCUGUGGGUGGUCUUGCCCGAACACCCAGGGUCUAUGUAGGGAUGACACCCAGUGGGUGCACAGGUGGCCUGGGUGCCCGCGUGACCCGCCGGGCCCUGGGCAUCAGCAGCGUCUUCCUGCAGGGCCUGCGGAGCUCAGGCCUGGCCACGGCACCCACUCCAGGCCUGGAGAGGGACCUCAGUGCCGUCGAGGACCUGGGGGGUUGCCUGGUGGAAUACAUGGCCAAGGUGCACGCCCUCGAGAAAGUCAGCCAGGAGCUGGAGGCACAGCUGCGGAUGCACCUGGACAGCAAGUCCACACGCUCAGAGAGCAGCAGUGCCCUCCGGGCCUCAUGGACCAGCAGCUGCCAGCAGGUGGGCGAGGCGGUCCUGGAAAACGCACGGCUCAUGCUGCAGACGGAGAAUAUCCAGGCGGGCGCGGAUGACUUUAAGGAGAGAUAUGAAAAUGAGCAGCCGUUUCGGAAGGCGGCAGAAGAGGAAAUUAACUCUCUGUACAAAGUCAUUGAUGAAGCAAAUUCGACAAAAAAGGAUCUGGAGAGUCAAAUAGAAAGCCUGAAAGAAGAACUUGGUUUUCUGUCAAGGAGCUAUGAAGAGGAUGUGAAAAUGCUAUACAAACAGCUGGCAGGGUCUGAGUUGGAACAAUUGGAUGUUCCCAUUGGCACUGGGCUGGAUGACAUCCUUGAGACGAUCAGAAUUCACUGGGAGAGAGAUGUGGAAAAGAAGCGGGCGGAAGCGGGCGCCUUGCUCCAAGCUAAGCAACAGACGGAGGUGGCCCGCAGGGCCCAGACCCAGGAAGAGAAGCUGGCUGCUGCCCUCAGGGUGGAGUUGCACAACACUUCCUGCCAAAUCCAGAGCCUGCAGGCUGAGACGGAAUCCUUACGGGCCCUGAAACGAGGCCUGGAGAACACCUUGCACGACGCCAGGCACUGGCACGACAUCGAGCUGCAGAACCUGGGCGCGGUGGUCAGCAGGCUGGAGGCGGAGCUCAGGGAGAUGCGCACGGAGGCAGAGCAGCAGCUGCAGGCCCGUGAGCACCUGCUGGCACACAAGUGCCAGAUGCAGCGGGACGUGGCGUCCUACCACGCGCUGCUGGACCGCGAGGAGAGUGGCUAAUGGAGAAACACCCUCUUUUCAUGAAGAAAAUGCUGCCUUCCUCACCGAGUGACCAACGAAGUUCCUUGAGGAGUCCCCACC